UUGCCCAUCUGUUUAAGCGUUGGCAAGUUUCUAUUUUUAUGGGUUAAUGCGGCUUAAGAAUGGAGAUUAUGAAUUGAAGCGCGUUUGUUCUUGUUGAGGUGAGUGGAAAUGGGGAGCCGUAGGGGCAAAAGCCUAAAGUUAUUUAAAGAAAGCGAAAGGAGGAAGAAAAAAGGGAGCCGUCUGGUUGAAGCUCCCAAAAUUAAAAUUAGUGAUAAUUACUCUCUUUGUUUUGGUUUUGGUUUUGUUUUGUGAGUCUCUGCCUUGAAUAAUUUCUUUUAUCUAUUCUUCUUCUUCUUCUUCAAUCUGCAACGUUCAACUGCUUUGUUUUGCUUUCUUCCACAAUGAAAAAGGAUCGGCCAUUGUAGAAAAAGAAAAGAGAGAGAGAGGGGGAUUCUGUUAAAUGAUUCUCAAAUCUUAACUCCUCUCCAAUCCAAAUUCCUUCUUCCCUAUUACCGUUUUCUCUCUUUACCCAAAUCUUUCUUUGUUUCUGUUUUCUGAAAAACGUUUUUGGGGGGUUUCUUUUAUAUUCCCAAGAAAAGAAAGCAAAAAAAAGGAGGACCCUCUUUUUUUUUUUUUUUUUUUGGUUGUUGUUGUUGUUGUUGUUCUUCCAUUGGCAGCCAUGACUGAGGUUGUUCUUCAUUCCCCUUCCCAUUUUGCUUCAUCCCGCAGAAGGGUUUCUUCUUCUUCUUCCUCUUCCACGGUUACUGUUACAUGUCCAACGCCUCCCAAUGAUGGAUCUCUCCCUGUUAACAUGCAUCCUCAAACACCCACUUCCCCUUCUUCUUCCUCUUCUUCUGUAGAUGGCGAUGGGGAUGUUACUGUGAUAGAAUGUGAAGUGGAGGAGGAGGUGGGGAAGGACCGGUUUAAGCAAAGAAGAGAUCAGCUGUCGUUGUUGGCUUUAGUUGUAACCCUUUUCAGGAAAUCUUUAAUUGCUUGCAAGAGUGACAGAAGAGAGCUUUGUGCAAUGGAGAUCGGUUGGCCGACUAAUGUCCGUCAUGUUACGCAUGUCACUUUUGAUAGAUUUAAUGGAUUCUUGGGUUUGCCUGUUGAGUUCGAACCAGAAGUGCCUCACAGGGCUCCAAGUGCUAGUACAACUGUGUUUGGGGUUUCGACGGAAUCCAUGCAAUUGUCUUAUGACUCGAGAGGGAAUAGUGUGCCAACGAUUCUUAUACUAAUGCAACACUGUCUGUAUGCUCAAGGUGGCUUGCAGGCUGAAGGCAUUUUCAGAAUUAAUGCAGAGAACAGUCAAGAGGAGUAUGUACGUGAUCAGUUAAAUCAAGGAGUGGUACCGGACGACAUUGAUGUACAUUGUUUAGCUGGCCUUAUCAAGGCUUGGUUCAGAGAACUCCCAGCUGGGAUUUUGGAUUCUCUGUCGCCCGAGGAGGUCAUGGAGUGCCAGACAGAAGAAGAAUGUACUGACCUAAUAAGGCAUCUACCUCCUAGUGAAGCUUCUCUGUUGGAUUGGGCAAUCAACCUAAUGGCAGAUGUUGUUCAGCAGGAACAUUUCAACAAGAUGAACGCUCGCAACAUUGCUAUGGUUUUUGCACCGAAUAUGACUCAGAUGGCCGACCCUUUGACCGCUUUGAUGUAUGCUGUCCAAGUAAUGAACUUUCUCAGGAUGCUCAUCUUAAGGACACUGCGGGGAAGGGAAGACUCCAUUCUCGAUUCUGCUGCUACACAUUUGGAGCCACCUGAUGAAAGUGGCCACCAGAGUCCUUCACAGCCCUGCCUUGGAAAUACCGGCACUGUAUUUCAGGUGGCAGAGCAAACCGUGCCUGAAUUUUUUGCAGAACCGCCUGUUCUUGAAAUGUAUUCCGACUGUAUCGAAGGUCCAGAUUUUUCUGAUGGAGAUGUUUUUUCUUUAAGCCAUGUCAAGAAACUGUUACCUAAUCGGUAUGGAGAUUUUCUGAAUGCCCAUGAAGACAAAGAAGCUGUUGCAGGCAAUGACAUGAAUGCAGAAGUUGUAAUCCAAACUGAUAAGAACAGGACCGAUCUAUCAAAUGUUCAAAAUCUGAAAAAGGAAACUAACAAACUAAAUAACCAGAACUCUGUAUUCCAAGUCUUGGCACCGGUACCGGUAGAGAAGCGGCUCGGCAAUCUGAGUUGUAUAAAUUCAUGGACAGAGCGAAUUGAAGCAUGGCGAUAAAUUGGUAAACCUGUUAACAAAACUUGCUGUGCUAUAUAAAGAUACACUUCAAAAAGUUUGUUGAAUACGCUGAGCUGACCCCAGAUGAGGUUGCUAAUUUUUACAUAUGUUUGGGUUAACUUGGUGGUUUUGCAACUGAGCUUCAAAUAUGGAUGGCGUUAGCAUAACAUAAUAUGAUACUCACUAUGUGGUUUUA